AUGAGGAUCAAUCUCAUGCUCGGCGUUGCCCUCUUAGCGGGAGUUGCAGCCGCACUCACAGUCUCCAAUCUGAUUCUUUCGGUCGACAGCGUAUCGCAAGACCACUCCUGCAACCUCACUGGUGCCUUCGAUAUCUCACUCAAUUCGACCGCUCCUGUGACCGCCGCUGCCGACAAUGAGUAUUGGACCGCCAACGUGGCGCGUGGCAGAAAGUUUCUUGAGGCCAUGAAGGACACCGAUCUCGAGGCAACUACCAUAUUCAAAAUGGACAAGACUGCGAAGAGCAAGCACGACGGACACCUCAAAGCUGAGAUGGGGGAUUGGAGCUGA